UUGAAUGACUGCUGUUUUUUUGGUGGGUAAUUCUUAAUAUGCAGGUAGCAUAAACGCAAUGAAACAAAGCUUUUUUUUCUCUCUUUUUUUUGUUUUCCUUUAUAUGUUAACUACCAAAGGACGUUUGUGUACUAUUCGACUCUAUAGUACGAUAAGACAAAAAACACCUUUCGAAGUACUAUCAUUGAGUCAGUCUGCCAGUACAGCAGAAAUAAAAUCAAAAUACAAGGAACUAGCUAAAACACUGCACCCUGAUAAGAAAUCAACUGGAGACCUGGCUAAAUUUCAAGAACUCGUACAAGCCUAUGAAUUGCUUGUCGAUCCAAACAAAAGAUCAUAUUACAUCAAGUCGGGAUACGGAUGGGGACAUUCACAGGGUACAAAUGUUCCACCACCCGGCCACAGACCACCCUCUUACACCAAUGCACACUGGGCAGAGGGGCCCCCUUCUUCUCAUCAUGAACCUCGGUACACAAACAAUGCAACAUUUAUGUCGAUUUUAGCUGGCAUUGUCUUGACGAUUGCUACAGCCAAUAUUUUUUAUUUCCAAGCUUCACAUGCUUCCCUUUUGAGCGCAGCUGAUCGACACCACUUUAAAAGCAGCAACGAUCUAAGAAGAGCAAGAGAAGAAGCUCGGUUGUUUGGAAAUGAUAGAGGUGUUAAAAGAGUCAUUGAGAGUCGAAUGAAACUGUUUCGAGAAAACGAAGAAUAAACA